UCGUUCUGUUGUUAUGUUGUUCAUUCUGUUCGUUUGUCUCGUGGCCAUCCCCGAAGCACUGUUGCAGAUACCAAAGUCCUAUGAAGUGACCUUGUUAUCCCUUACCUGGGCAGAAAACUCACAGCCUUAUGACUUUAAAAAUAUCCGACUCAUUGGCCGCGAACGUUUAGUGAAUGGAACUUUCACAAUUCUCGAGGAUCUUAACGAUGAAAACUGUGUAUUCUCCACAGAGAUAUAUAACAAUCCUGCUCGCGACGGCAACUUUAAGCUCAUGCCCUAUUCUAUGCCAGCUAUGGGAAUUUGCACUUUCUUCAAUGACUACGGAUACUACUUUACGGAUAGUAUUAAACGAGAGAACACUGAUCUUUUGAUCAACAAGACUGACUGCGUGUUUCCGAAAGGAACGCACUUUCUGAAAAACAUUGCUAUCAGUGCGGAUAAUUGGCCGCCAAUAAUGACCCGCGGAAAUAUCAGGCACGUUGCGUCGUUUUUUAAGGAUGGAGUACUUACCGGCACUUAUAACAUAACCUCCUCUAUUGAUGACCGCGCUCUUAUAUUUUGACUAAGGAAAGAAAAGAUUUUUAUUAUUUUACUUUAAAA